GCCUGGAUUGCAUUGGCCAAUAAAAACCUCAAAUCUGUACUUUGUAGCAUAUAGUGGAAUGUGAGCACACUUACUUCUCUCUUGCCUGUGUCAUUCACUUCCAGUGAGGUUCUCGCUCAAGCCCAAGACACAGCCUGCCAAGAACCUACUUCUUAACUAUCACAGCUACUGAAGAUUCGGUAUCCAAAAUGCAAGCUGCAUCCCCAGUGGUCAUUGUGACUCAGCCUACAAGUGGUCCAGUACUUCCAACCUCCAACUGGCAGACGGGCAUGUGUGACUGCUUCAGCGACUGCGGGGUCUGUCUCUGUGGCACGUUUUGCUUCACGUGCCUUGCGAUUCAAGUUGCAUCUGACAUGAACGAAUGCUGUCUGUGUGGAACAAGUGUCGCCAUGAGGACCCUCUAUCGGACUCGAUACGGUAUCCCGGGAUCCAUUUGUGAUGACUUCAUGGUGACCCUUUUCUGUCCUCAAUGUUCUCUUUGCCAAAUCAAGAGAGAUAUCAACAGAAGGAGAGCCAUGCGUACUUUCUGAAAAAAAUUAAUGGUGAAGAGCUUUUUUUAAAAUCCUUUUUCCUGUGGUCUCUCUUGACCUGUUGAAGAGCACUUACUGAAGCAGCUAAAAUCAGCUCCACACCUCUUCAGCUUGCAUGUUUCUCCACUCUUGCAACUGAAGUAUAAUUGAUAUGUUUAAUCACAAUCAGUGGGGUUAAAAAUAUAGAACUUUGGUUUCUUUUACAGGAAUACUGUCCUUUAGUGAUGCUAAAUGAUCCAGCUUGGUUUCUCCUUGCUAUUAAAUUUUCUGGCUUAUAAAUUUUGUAUUACAUUUAAAGUAUCAGUCAAAUAAAAUAUUUUACUAACUCAAUUCUUUGUGCUUCUUUGCUUUCAAUAAAAUGUCUUUAUGUUAUUACU